UCUCUCUCUCUUCAAACACUAAUGCAUAUCGAUUGAAGACUCUUCAAGUAAUCUCGGUUGCUUCUGCAUUCAGAUUUCUAGUUGACUUGAAGAUCUUAGUGUGCUCGGUUUUGUUGGAUUCAUCUAGUACUAAUGGGGAAAAAGGCUAAAAAGAAGACACGAAGCACUCAGAAGGAGAAGCCGGUUUCCUCUGCUUCUCCUAAAACCAUUCCCCCGAACUUGAAUCCAACGGAUGGGAUUGAAGGUGCUGGAGUAGUAGUUAAUGAGAGAAAGGCAUGUACCCAUCUCAGUAAGGGUGUUGAUUUGGGUAAAAUUUCUUCAAAAAUUGGUUCAGUGGAAUCUGUUAGGUGCGAAGAUUGUAGGGAAGAUGCGGUUGAUCGGAGGUCAGGUAAGGGAAGGAGUAAAGCUGGGAAGAAGAAAGGAACAGGUCAAAUAAAUGCAAAGUCAGAUUCAAAAUCCAUUUGGGUCUGCUUGGAUUGUGGGCAUUUUGCUUGUGGAGGGAUUGGUUUGCCAACAACUCCCCAAAGUCAUGCUGCUAGGCAUGCCAGACAAUAUCGUCAUCCCUGUGUGAUUCAAUUUGACAACCCUCAACUCCGCUGGUGCUUCCCAUGUAAUUCACUAAUUCCUGUAGACAGACUAGAAGACAAUGGUGAGCAGAAAGAUAUCUUAUUGGAUGUUGUGAAAUUGAUCAAGGGUCAAUCCUCUGCAGGGGCUUCACCUGAUGCCGAAGAUGUUUGGUUUGGUAAUAGUAGUGCUGGAAUUAGCACGGUUUUAAACAACACUGGAUCAGGAACUUUAGAUGGUGGUUAUAGAGUAAAGGGGUUGGUUAACCUUGGAAAUACUUGCUUCUUCAAUUCAGUAAUGCAGAACCUUUUUGCCAUUGAUACAUUGCGGGAUUACUUCAUGAAUUUAGACUGGCCUGAUGGGCCUAUGACUACGGCUUUAAAGAAGCUUUUCAGUGAAGUAAGUCUGGAAGUGGAUUCAGGGAGUGUGAUAAACCCAAAAUCCUUCUUUGGGUGCAUCUGUGCCAAAGCUCCCCAAUUUAGGGGAUACCAGGAACAGGACAGCCAUGAAUUGCUCCGGUGCUUGCUUGAUGGGUUGUGUACCGAGCAGUUGGGAGCGAGAAAAUUACGGAAUUCUUCUGGGGAAGAUGGAGCCACUUCAGAUCAAGGUCCCACUUUUGUAGAUGCAAUAUUUGGGGGUCAACUAACCAGUACUGUUUGCUGCAUGGAGUGUGGGCACUCAUCGGUUGUUUUUGAGCCCUUUUUGGAUCUCUCACUGCCAGUGCCAACUAAAAAAUCUCCACCUAAGAGGGCCCCAAUAGUCUCAAGACCCAGGAAAACGAAGUUGCAUCCUAAGAAAGGUGGGAGAACCCGUUUAAAGGAGAGUGCUAAUUUCUCCCCCAUAUUGCCAAAGCAUGAGCCUGAUCCUGGUCCAUCAGAAAGCAAUGGUUCUUCUAUUUUGCCUUCCAGCGUACCUGUUGUCAAACAAUCGGUGGCUCCAGUUGAUGAUUCUUCUUGGAUGGAUUACAUUGAAAGCGUGCCUGUUGCAGAAAAAUUAGUGGCUUCAGUUGAUGAUUCUUCUUGGUUGGAUUAUAGUGAAACAGGUAAUGCAUCAGAGUUCCUAGUUUCAAUUCCUCAGAAUCAGGAUACCUCAGAUGCUCAAGAUUCUGGAGACAAGCAGGUCUACAAGGAUGUUGCAGAGCAGAUAGCUGGGCCCUCAGAUGGUGUUUCAAGGCUAGGAUAUGCACAACCAGUUGAAGUUGCUGCCGAGCACCAUUUAGUUCCCCAAAACUAUGAUAACUCAGCUAUUCAAGAUUCUGAAAACAAGCAAGUUAUCCAGAAUGGCAUGUUACAGGAUAGUUCGGAACUCCUGAGCCAGGGUUGCUCUUCUAAUAGGGAAUCAAAGUUGGACUUCUAUUCUUCUCAGGGUAACUCUUGUGAAGAUGAGCUCCCUUUACAGGUUCAAAGUUCAGAAGUUCUGUUGCUUCCCUAUAAAGAGGAAAACUCUACUGCCGAAGAGAUCAUGAGAAAUGAAGGUGAGGCCUCCACAUCUCUUGCAAGCUGCGAACCAGACAGGUUAGACUUUGAUGGCUUUGGGGACUUAUUUAAUGAGCCUGAGAUGGUUCCUGAUCCCAGUACAAAAUCCUGGUCAGGUGACAUGAGCAUCGAGUUCCAAGCAAGUGAAAUGACAGAAACAAGUUUUAUUUCAGGAAACAGCUGUGACACUGAUCCAGAUGAAGUUGAUAAUACGGAUGCGCCAGUCUCUAUAGAUAGUUGUUUGGCAUAUUUUACGAAGCCUGAACUUCUCCCUGACAAGCAUGCUUGGCAUUGUGAAAAUUGUUCUAAGAUUUUGCAAGGCCAAAGGAUGGAAGGUAAACGGUGUCUGGAGAAAACAGCACUAAGGACUAGUAUAAACGGAGUUGAGGUAAGAAGUGGAAAUGCCCCAUCAGGUUUCAACAAGGAUUCUCGGCAUCUCACCAAAUGCAGUCAUUUGAACAAUGGGAAGCUUGAAAAUGAUACUGUUUCCACAAUUACUGCUGAAAGCUUACCUCUGAAUAAUAAGGGACUUGAUGAUUCAAGCCAUAAUUGCACUAAGCUUGAAAUCUGUCGAACGGGAGAGGAGACAGAUCCAGAGUUUGUAAACCCCAUCUCCAAUUGUCUAGAUUGUUUGAAAAUUUUGCAAGGAGACAAAGUACUUGGUUUGCCAAACCAUACAACUCAGGAGCAAGCGGAAACUUCGGAUCACCAUGAUUCUAGCAUUCAAACCAGUGAUUUGUGUAAUUUGGAUGAGUAUAACUGUAUCCAACGCAACACUGUUCAAGUGCAGCCUAAGGUUUCCCAGCCUUCGGCUAGAGUAUGUGACUCAGAUGAGAAUGAGGAUGGGGAAGCAGACUCAAAAAAUGUGAAGGUAAUGAGAGAUGCAACUAAGAGGAUUCUCAUCAAUAGGGUCCCACCUAUCCUGACCAUUCAUCUUAAGAGAUUCAGUCAAGAUUCCCGUGGCCGCUUAAACAAACUCAGUGGUCAUGUUAGUUUCGAAGAAACAAUUGAUCUUUGGCCUUAUAUGGAUCCCAGGUGCGGAGAAGAGAGACAUAAGUGUAAAUACCACCUAGUUGGGGUGGUGGUGCAUUCUGGGACCAUGCAAGGAGGCCAUUAUAUUGCAUAUGUGAGAGGCAAUAAAAGCCGAGAGAGAACUGAGCAUUUCGGUGUCGAAUCCAAAUGGUACUAUACCAGUGACUCUUAUGUCCGUGAGGUUUCUCUUGGAGAAGUUCUGCGGAGUGAGGCAUACAUCUUAUUUUAUGAAAAAGUUUGAAAAUUCUUUCCAUUUUCAUUCAUUCCCUUGUUCAGUGAUACUGAGCUUCAAUGCAACUAAGCCCCCACCCCCUCAACAGAAGGUAAGAAGGAGAGCAAAUGAAGGGCUUGAGAAGCAGAGGUGAGUUAAACAACAUUUUUGAAUCCCAAGGAGGAUUUCAUACUUAUUUGCCGAAAAUUGUAAAAGUGAGAGGUUUUUUGUUUCAUUAAUUACAGAGGGUUUUCUUUUAG